CAAUCAUAGAACCAGCUUUCAUAUGAUCAUAAUAACAUAAUCCUUAUCAUUUUUGUUUGAAAACGUGAAAUUAACGCUCAAGUGGUCACUAUAAAAAAAUASUCAAGUUGCGUGAACUUAUUUUAUUUUUCGGUGUAGAUGAAAUCUUUAGGUGUUAUAUUGGGCACUUAUAAAUUCCUACCUAUUAUAUUCGUGUUGAAAAUAUAAUUUCUAAUCGUUACAGGUAUUAGCAAAAAUCAAGAAUAUUAUGCAAGUUUUGUGUGAUAUCGAUGAAAGAAUUAUUUUGCAAGAUUAUCAUUUAAUAUUAAUUUAAAAUCAUGCCGAUUGUUAAUGAGAACAAUUUAGAGUUAGAAAAAGUAUCGUUAAACUCAGUGAUCAUCAUACAUCCAGGAUCUCUUUAUCUGCAAAUUGGCCGUGCGAGUGAUGUUACUCCAUUCAAAUAUGUUCACGGUUUGGCCAGGGUUAAUCUACUUUCGGAGAUUAGGAAUAGGAGGGACCAAAUAUUACCAACUUUCCCGCUUAAAGAUAACUCUGAAACAUUAGCAGCCAUGGAAGAGAGUAGACUGCAAGCAUCUCAUAUGCUACAGUCAAGCUUGCAGUCCAAUGGCGAUAGAAGGUAUGCGACACCGCCUCAACAAAUAGCUGCUUAUAAUCGAAAUUCUGUACCAAAAUAUAAGGAUAAUGUACCACCUGCCCACACUAAGUCGUCUUCAGUUGAUAUUGUGUAUGGAGAAGAAAUUUUCAAUAUAGCUCCUGAACUGGAUUAUAAUGUUUUCUUUCCAAUACUGAAUGGGGAAUUAAACAUUAAUGGCCAAAUUGGAGGUUCAUUAACCGCUGUUUUAGCAGAUCUGGAAACUAUUUGGACACAUUGUAUAAACAAAUUACUAAAUAUUAAGACUUCAGAAUUCCAUAACUACAAAGUGAUUUUAAUUAUACCGGAUAUAUUCAAUAGAGUUCAUGUUAGAGAAAUGAUGUCAAUGAUAUUAUUGAGUAUGAAGUUUAAAGCAUGUCUUCUUAUACAAGACCAUGUUGCGGCGACUUAUGGYGCAGGUUUGGGUUAUGCAUGUGUGGUAGAUGUUGGUCACCGGAAAACAUCAGUGAGUUGUGUAGAAGAUGGUAUAUCUCAAAUAAACACACGGAUUAGAUUACGCUAUGGUGGAGGGAAUAUCACUCAAACAUUUCAUUGGCUACUUAAAAAAUGUAGUUUCCCAUAUCAUGAAUGCAAUCCCAUGACUAAUUAUUAUGACUCUGUACUACUAAAUCAAUUGAAACAAGAGUUUUGUCAUUUGAAUUUGGAUAGAUGUGGGGCUGUACAGAGAACAGUAACUGUAAUGAAACCAAAUAAAAAACAAGUACAAUACACAAUACAGGUAGGUGACGAAGCAAUGAUAGCAGUUUUAGGCAUGUUCAAUCCAAUAUUGUUAGGUAUCACUGAUGACAACCAUUAUGUGACUCAAGAAUCAUCUAAGUCACUACCUGAAGAUCCUUAUGAUGAAGAGUUUUUAAGAGAAACCAGUAGACGUGGCACUGGUCGUGAGAUGGAAACUGAAACACAAAUCGAAAAUAGCAUUGUACACAACACAGAAGAAGAAAUAUGUGUUGAUCAAAUUGAAACUGCUGGAAAUUAUUUUGAAAUUGAAACAGAAAAAUCAAAAAGUCUUGAUAAAGUCAUUGUACAAAGUAUUGAACGGUUAAAUUCUGAUGAAAUCAAACGUAAAAUGUAUAGCAGUAUAUUAGUAGUAGGCGGUGGACUUAAAUUUGAUGGUGCAUAUGCUUGGUUAAAGAGCAAAAUAUCACUAAAUGCACAACAGGUUUAUUAUGGAGGGCAUAUUGAAAUUAUAAGCUCACCAAAAGAUUUGGACCCACAAAUYGUCACAUGGAAGGGUGCUGCUAUACUUGCUGGUUUAGAAUCAUCUAAUGAACUUUGGAUAAGUGGUAAAGAGUGGUCUUCAUGGAGUAUUAGAAUUUUAAAAGAAAGAGCAAUGUUUAAUUGGUGAUCAACGAAUGUUUAUUUUUAUUUUUUAAAUUGUAAACAUGGAUUACAAACUUUAUUUAUUUUUUCAUACUGAUUCCAAACUAUUUUAUUAAAAUAAUUAUUCUAGUCAUACACAAAUAAUUGCCAUUACUAUUUAGUAAUCAUUUUUAUUUCAAAUUAUUGUCUUUUCCAAGUUUUCAAA